AUGCUCUAUCACAACUGCUUCAUGACAGACGGGGAGGGGGAAGCGAAGAACUGUAAGCCCCGGAUCCAUCUUCAAGAGAAAAUUGGAAAGAGAGACCGCAUCCCAGUUUUAUUUCUUUUUAGCGGCAUCUUUCCGUGUGAUCCGUGUUAGGGAGCCCGAGGAGGGGGCUGUGUCACUGUCUGUAGGAUGUCCCGACAUGAAGGUGUGAGCUGUGACGCGUGUUUAAAAGGGAACUUCAGAGGGCGCCGCUACAAGUGUUUAAUCUGCUACGACUACGACCUGUGCGCCUCGUGCUACGAGACCGGGGCCACCACCACCAGACACACCACGGAACAUCCCAUGCAGUGCAUACUAACCAGGGUAGACUUUGAUCUGUACUAUGGCGGUGAGGCCUUUUCAGUAGAACAGCCCCAGUCGUUCACGUGUCCCUACUGUGGCAAGAUGGGCUACACAGAGACCUCCCUGCAGGAGCACGUCACCUCGGAGCACGCUGAGACCUCCACAGAGGUGAUCUGCCCCAUCUGCGCUGCCUUGCCUGGAGGCGACCCCAAUCAUGUGACCGACGACUUUGCCGCUCACCUCACACUUGAACACAGAGCACCUAGAGAUUUACCCCACGACGAGACCAGCGGCGUGCGGCACGUGCGCCGGAUGUUCCACCCCGGCCGUGGGCUGGGCGGUCCGCGGGCCCGCCGGACCAACAUGCACUUUACCAGCAGCUCCACCGGGGGGCUCUCCUCCUCACAGAGCUCCUCCUACUCUCCAAGCAAUAGGGAAGCCAUGGACCCCAUAGCAGAGUUGUUGUCCCAGCUGUCGGGCGUGCGCCGCUCGGCGGGCGGUCAGCUCAACUCGUCGGGCCCGUCGGCCUCGCAGCUGCAGCAGCUCCAGAUGCAGCUGCAGCUGGAGCGCCAGCAGGCGCAGGCGGCGCGGCAGCAGCUGGAGACGGCGCGUAACGCCACGCGGCGCGGCAACCCCGGCAACAUCAGCGGCGGAGGAGGCGGCGGAGGAGGGGGAGGCGGGAGCGGAGCCGCGGCCAUCCCGCCCUCGUCCAACGCGGCCAACAACCCGGCCAGCCUGCCCGAGAGCAACGCACUGGCCCAGCACACCUCCCAGUUCCUGCUCACACGGCUGAACGAGCCCAAGAUGAGCGAGGCGGAGCGGCAGGCGCUGGAGGGCGAGCGGGCCGACCGCAGCCUGUUUGUGCAGGAGCUGCUGCUGUCCACGCUCAUGCGGGACGAGAGCUCCUCCUCGGACGAGGACGAGCGCCGAGACUUCGCCGACUUCGGUGCCAUGGGCUGCGUGGACAUCAUGCCGCUGGACGUGGCGCUGGAGAGCCUCAACCUGAAGAGCGGGAGCUCCACGGGCAAGGAGCCUCCGCCCCCUCCUCUUUGAUGACGCCCCACCACCACCGCAACAACAGCAACCACAUCGCAGACUAUGUCCUCUGUGCUGUAACUGCCAAUGAUGACGAUGGUGGCGGCAUACUACAACAACAAUGACGACGACAACGACAUCAACAUAAACAACAACAACAAAAGAGAAAUGACAACAACAAAACAGCCCCCCUCCCCCCGUUUUGUUUGCUUUUAAAUUUUUUCUUUUUGUUUUGUUUUGUUUUUUGUUUUUCUUCUCGGGUUUGUUUUUGUUUUUGUUUUUUUCUUUUCUUUUUUUCGGUGAUUGUAAUUUCAGGUCUGUCACCUUUGUUACAUUGUAUAAAUCCAUAAUGGAGAGCGCGUGUGUGAGUGUGUGAGUGUGUGAGUGUGUGAGUGUGUGUGUGUGUGUGUGUGUGUGUGUGUGUACUGGGAGGGGGGAUGAAAAUACAACAACAGAAAAAGGAAAAAAAUACAAACAAAGCAAGCGAGAACAAGCGUGCGUGCGAACGAGAGCGAAAGAGAAAAAGCUGCAGAAUGAAAGCGAGCGCGAGAGACGAGAUGAAAAUAAAUAAAUAUAUAUAUAUAUAAAUAUAUAUAUAAUAAUAAGUUGAUAAUCAAUUCCACAUAACUAAUUUUUUUCCUUUAGCAGGUGAGCGUAGGUAGCUGUGGCAGACCUUGGCUUCCUGUGUCCAUGCAAAAAGGCUCUCCUUAUAAAUAUCUCACAUUCAAAAACUGAAGAGGAAAAAAAAACCAGAGACCUUCUCUUAUGAAGCUGCUGUGUGUAUUUAUGACUAUUAAUGAAUAAAAAGUGCUUGGAUGGUUUACCAUAA